AUGGUGAAUGAGGGCGCGCCCUCCCCUACCCGCCGGACAUAUGAGGAGGAGUCGGCCUUCAUCACCAAGCUCAGCCCCUACCAUCACCGCAUCGAGACGGGGUUCGUGCCCAACAUGAGGGUUCCCGGCAUCUUUUAUGUGAACGGCGCACUGCGCAGCAUCCUGGACGACGAGCUGCGGGCCUACUGCGAUCGUGGCCCCGCCGGCGGCUUCCUGCCGGCCGUCAAGCAGAUUGCCAACGUGGCAGCCCUCCCCGGCAUUGUCAGGCACUCCAUCGCCAUGCCCGACGUGCACUCCGGCUAUGGCUUCAGCAUCGGCAACGUGGCCGCGUUUGACAUGUCGGACCCGGAGGCCGUCGUCUCCCCUGGCGGCGUCGGCUUUGACAUCAACUGCGGUGUGCGCCUGCUGCGCACCAACCUGCGCGAGGAGGACGUGCUGGGCGUGAAGGAGCAGCUGGCGCAGGCCCUGUUCGACCACAUCCCCGUGGGCGUGGGUUCCCAGGGCAUCAUCCCCACCACCUCCCGCGACCUGGCGGGGGCGCUGGAGCUGGGCAUGGACUGGAGCCUGCGUGAGGGCUACGCCUGGGCGGAGGACAAGGAGCACUGCGAGGAGGCAGGGCGCAUGCUGGGCGCGGACCCGACCCGAGUGUCCCCCCGCGCCAAGAAGCGCGGCCUGCCCCAGAUGGGCACGCUGGGCGCGGGCAACCACUACGCGGAGAUCCAGGUGGUGGACGCCGUGUUCGACCGCGCGGCGGCGCGCAAGAUGGGCAUCGACGCCGUGGGCCAGGUCUGCGUCAUGAUCCACUCCGGGUCUCGCGGGUUGGGCCACCAGGUGGCCACCGACGCGCUGGUGGCCAUGGAGCGCGCCAUGGCGCGCGACGGCAUCCCGGUCAACGACCGCCAGCUGGCCUGCGCGCGCAUCGCCUCCCAGGAGGGCCAGGACUACCUGGCCGCCAUGGCCUGCGCCGCCAACUUCGCCUGGGUCAACCGCUCCUCCAUGACCUUCCUGUGCCGCCAGGCCUUUGCCAAGAUGUUUGACGCCACGCCCGACGACCUGGACAUGCACGUCGUCUAUGACGUCUCCCACAACAUCGCCAAGGUGGAGGAGCACAUGGUGGACGGGCGGAUGAAGAGCCUGCUGGUGCAUCGCAAGGGGGCGACGCGCGCCUUCCCGCCCCACCACCCGCUCAUCCCCGUGGACUACCAGCUGACGGGGCAGCCCGUGCUCAUCGGCGGCACCAUGGGCACCGCCAGCUACGUGCUGACGGGGACAGACAAGGGCAUGGCCGAGACCUGGGGCAGCACCUGCCACGGCGCGGGUCGCGCGCGCAGCCGGAACGCCGCGCGCAACAAGCUGGACUACCAGCAGGUUCUGGAUUCGCUGAAGACCAAGGGCAUUGCCAUCCGCGUGGCGAGCCCCAAGCUGGUGAUGGAGGAGGCGCCGGACUCCUACAAGGAUGUGGACGACGUGAUCGAGACGUGCCAUCAGGCAGGCAUCUCCAAGAAGACGGUCAAGCUGAGGCCCAUCGCCGUCAUCAAGGGGUAG